UCUGUCUUGCAGGAUCUCCCGGACCCUCCUGUGCCUGCAGCGCCCGCUCACCCGGACCUGGUGCUCCCGGGGAUCCCUUCCUGAAACAGAGACGGCUGAUUCGUUCCAGAAGAAACACUCUGUAUUAAUCGAGACUCAAAACCAGUAACGAUGGAGCAUUCUCACACGGGGAAGCAAACUGUAGUAACCCAAAGCUUGAAACAGACCCACAGCAAAGCGGAAUCCCAUAGAGAGGAGUCUCAUCAUUCAUCCCAUACAUCCAGGAAUGGAGCUGAUUCCAUUGAGCUCCAGGCUCACCAAGGCCAUGUUAAUGGAUCGCUGAGCCACCAUGAGACUCUAAAAGCCACUGAUGAUACCAAAGUCUCCCCCAGCAUUGGAGGUUUUAUAGUACCUCAUACAAAGGACAAAGUGAGCAUCUACCAGGCUUUGGUGGCGAAGCUUGUGACUGUGGAGGUGGCUGUGGCGCUGCUGGAGGCCCAGGCUGCUACUGGUGGCAUUAUCCAGGUGCCGGAUAACAAAAAACUAACUGUGGAAGCAGCUGUACAACAAGGGGUUGUCGGGCCCGAAUAUCGGCAAAAACUGAUUAUUGCAAACGGUGCAGCACUGGGCUAUAAAGACAAAGACGAGACAUUAUCUCUCUAUCAAGCAGUCAAGAAAGGUUUGGCUAGUAGAAAUGAUGCUGUGCGUUUCUUGGAGGCCCAAGUAGCCACUGGUGGGAUCAUCAACCAUGAGAUUGGGAACCGCAUAUCAGUGUGUGAGGCUCUGAAACUGAACUUCAUAGAUGAACAUCUGCUGAAAAUCCUUACCGAGAGUUCUGCACUGUCCAGAUGCUACCUUAACCCCAACACACAAGACUAUAGCACAUACCAGGAACUCGUGACCAAAUGCUUGACAGAUGUUGACACUGGGCUGCUACUGUUUCCGCUACACGAGACCCUGCAGGGACUGAGGAAGCCUGUGACGGCUGAGCAGCUAUUCGAAGCCAAUAUCAUUAACCAGGUUCAAUAUGACCAAAUCAGAAAAGGCAAUCAGACCAUACAAAGCCUUGGAGGACUGCAAGAGGUGCAUCAGUAUUUGCAAGGUCAGGCAAGCAUUGGAGGCAUCUACAUAGAGGGCACCAAGGAAAAAAUGAGUGUCUAUCAAGCCAUGAAGAAAAAUUUCCUUACGUCGGACACAGCACUUUCUCUUUUGGAAGCUCAGGCUGCCUCAGGCUCCAUUAUAGAUCCAGUAAAGAACAGGCGAUUCACCGUCACUGAAGCUAUCCAGGACGAACUGAUAGGACUCGAGCUCAAAGAGAAACUGCUGACAGCUGAACGAGCGGUGACUGGAUUCAACGACCCUUACACUGGCAAUAAGAUUCCCUUAUUUCAAGCCAUAAAGAAAGAGCUAAUUGACAAAAAGCUGGGUGUUAAUUUGCUUCAAGUCCAAGUUGCAACCGGAGGCAUCAUUGACCCAGUUCACAGCUUCCAUGUCCCAUUAGAGGUUGCUUAUAAGCGUGGUUUACUUGAUAAAGAGAUGGGAACCAUCAUAUUUGCCACAAAUAAUGACUAUUCUGGGUUCCUGGAUCCAAAUACUGAUGACUUGGUCACUUACCAGGAAUUACAGAAGCGAUGUAAAAUUGACCCUGAAUCCAAUACCUACAUAUUACCUGUGAAGAUCACAUUCAACGGCUUAAGAGGAAAGGUUACGAGUGAUGAACUGCUGGACUCCCAGAUCAUUGAUAAGACCAUUUAUGAACACCUACAUCAGGGCAAGAUCUCCAUUCAGGAUGUCGCUGCACAGGAGAACGUAAGACGAUACCUUCAGGGGACCGGGUGUAUAGCGGGAGUGGCCGUAGUAUCUACUAAUGAAAGAAAAAGCAUUUAUCAAGCAAUGAAAGAACAUCUUCUUAUGCCCGGUACUUCAAUAGCUCUGUUAGAAGCUCAGGCCGCCACCGGGUACCUGGUCGACCCUGUAAAGAAUCUAAAAUUCUCUGUGGAAGAUGCUGUGAAAAAUGGCCUCAUUGGGACAGAGGUUUAUGAAAAACUUGUCUAUGCAGAAAAAGCAGCCUUGGGCUACAAGGAUCCUUCUGGUGAAAAGCUUUCCCUCUUUCAAGCCAUAAAAAGAGGAUUUGUGAUUCAAAAUCAUGGACUACAUCUCCUGGAUGUCCAGCUUGCUACUGGUGGGAUUAUUGAUCCUUCAAAGAAGCAUCGUGUUCCAGAAGAUGUGGCGUACACACGGGGCAUCUUUGACAAAGACAUAAAUAAGUCUCUUCUUCACCCAACAGAUGACCUGAAAGGAUUUUUUGAUCCAAACUCAAAGCAAAACCUGACCUAUGGACAGUUACUGGAGACGUGUCUGGUUGACUGUCACACAGGACUCAACCUGAUUCCUGUGUUUGGCAAUGCCAAUGAUGCUCAGAAGACUCCACACUCCUUUAUAGAUUACCAACUCAAAAAGACUCUAGAUCAGAUAAAACUGACAGGAACAUCUGGAAAAUUCAAAGGACAAGUGGUUACCAUGUGGCAGCUUCUUUUCUCAGAAUAUUUCACCACUGAGUUCAGAGAAUCUCUCUUUAAGCAGUAUAAAUCAGGGAGUCUCUCAGUAGAAGAAUUGUCUAGCAAAGUCAAUGCUGCCAUUCAAGAUCUGGUGUCUUCUGCUAAGGUCACGUUUGAAGGACUGAGAGAAUCUGUGACUCCUGGGCAGCUGCUGGACUCUGAAAUUAUUGACAAGGAUUUGUUCAAAAAGUUGCAGCAAGGUGAAGCUUCUGCUAAGGAUGUGGGGAAUAUUGACACAGUCAAGAAAUACCUGCAAGGUACGGGAAGCAUUGGUGGACUCCUCUUAAGUGAUACUCAAGAAAAGAUUAGCAUCUACCAAGGAAAGAGAAAGGGCUUGCUAAUGCCUGGAACCUCCUUAAUUCUUCUUGAAGCUCAAGCAGCAACAGGUUACAUAAUUGAUCCUGUAAAAAACAAAAAAUACUCGGUUGAUGAGGCUCUGAAGGCAAACAUAAUUGGUCCGGAGUUCUACGAAAAGCUUCUUUCUGCAGAAAAAUCAGUCACUGGUUAUAAGGAUCCCUAUACUGAAGAAGUAAUUUCUCUGUUUCAAGCUAUGAGUAAGGAAUUGAUUGUCAAAGAUCAUGGCAUUCGACUUCUUGAAGCUCAAAUCGCCACUGGAGGAAUCAUAGAUCCCAUUAACAGCCAUCGGAUUCCAGUGAAUGUUGCUUACAAACGAGGAUAUUUUGACAAGAAGAUGAAUGUAAUACUCUCAGAUCCCAGUGAUGACACAAAAGGAUUUUUUGAUCCAAACACCUAUGAAAACCUCACGUACCUGCAGCUGAAGGAAAGAUGCAUCACAGACCCUUCCACCAGCCUUUGUCUUCUUCCACUGUACAGUCGAAAGAGUCAGCUGAGUAUUAAUGAUUACAUCAAGGAUUCUUUCAGGAACCUGGAUAUUUAUGUGAGAUAUGGAAGAUUUAAAGGGCAAACCAUCUCCGCCUGGGUUCUCAUAAACUCUGAGUAUUUCAGUGAAUGGAGAAGAAGAGAGAUUCUGGAACAGUUUAGCCUGAGGAAGUUAACAACUGAACAAGUCAUCUUAUUGAUUGAGGAAGAAAUAAAGAAAUGGACGGAGAUCUGUGUCCCAGCACUGAGGGGACAAGUAAACAUUUACGACUUGUUGGAGUAUGAAAUCAUUGACAAAGAUCUACUUGAACAAGUUUUAGAGGGUAAAUUACCAGCAGAUGAUGUCUUUAAAAUGGAGAAUGUUCAGAAGUAUUUGCGUGGUUCUGGUGCCCUUGGUGGUAUUAUCAUUCAACCAUCUAACCAAAAAAUAAGUUUCUACGAAGCAACAAAGAAGAGUAUCUUGCAGCCCAGUACAGUAUUACCUCUACUGGAAGCCCAGGCAGCCACUGGCAAUAUCAUAGACCCAGUCAGCAACCAAAGACUGUCUGUAGAUGAAGCCCUCAAAGCAGAGGUUAUUGACCCACAUAUUUACAACACGCUUGUGUCUGCAGAAGAAGCAGUGACUGGUUACAAGGAUCCAUUUUCAGGACAGAAAAUCUCACUCUUCCAAGCCAUGAAGAAAGGCCUUGUAGAAGAAAAGCAUGCCAAACAGCUUUUGGAAGUCCAACUAGCCACUGGUGGAAUAAUUGACCCUAUACACAACUUCCAUGUUCCAACUUCAGUGGCCAAGAAACUUGGUUAUAUUAAUGAAGAAGUGCAUGAAAGCCUGUCUAACCCUACUGAUGACUCCAAGUCUUUUGUUGACCCUAUUACCAAAGAAAGUGUUACUUACACAGACCUCCUCAGUCGGUCACAGAAAGAUGAAUCCACUGGUAUGUACUUGCUUCCAUUGCCCCAAGAUUUUGCUGAAGUUCAGAAUGUUUAUACUGAUGAGGAGGUACAACAAGCAUUUAGAAAGACCAUAAUUGAAGAAAGAAACAAGACCGCUUGGGAACUGAUUCACUCCGGAUACUUCACAGAGGAGCAAAGGUUUAAAAUCCUGGAGAAAUACAAGUUUAAGAAAGUGUCUAUGGAGGAGCUGAAAGCAGAAAUUUUGAAAACUGUCAAGAACAAUGAAAUCAUGAAGACCACACAAACAAGUUUUGAAGGGCUACGAGGGAAAGUGCCAGUGGUAUGGCUUCUGGACCUGGGAAUUAUCACACAGAAAACAUUCGAUGAACUUAUUCAAGGUAUCAAGUCCAUUGAAGAAGUCUCGGAAUUGGAUGACGUUAAAAAAUGUCUACAAGGCACGGGGUGCAUCACAGGAGCUUUUCUACCAUCAACAAAGGAGAAGAUGAGUAUUUAUCAAGCCAUGAAAAAGGACCUCAUAAUGCCUGCCUAUGGUCUAAUGCUUCUAGAAGCACAAGCUGCAACUGGAUAUGUCAUUGACCCAAUAAAUAAUGAGAAACAUACAGUGGACAGUGCUGUAAGGUCUGGUAUUGUGGGGCCUGAACUUCAUGAAAAACUACUGACUGCAGAAAGAUCAGUGACGGGAUACAUUGAUCCUUAUACAGGAAACAAGAUAUCACUGGGUGAAGCUAUAAACAAAGAAUUGAUUCCAGAAAAGGAAGGGCUUCCACUUCUCCAAGCCCAGUUAGCUGCUGGAGGAAUUGUUGAUCCUCAUCAUUGCCACUAUGUCCCAUUGCAAGUCGCUCACAAAAUGGGGUUUCUGGAUAAAGAAAUCUCCAAACAAACCAAUGCUCUGAAAAUUUACUUUGAUCCAAACACUAAAGAAAAACUAAAUUACCAGCAACUGAAAGAAAGAUGUUUCACUGACCCUGAAACCGGCUCUUUGCUUCUCUCUCUUAAGGAAAAUGUGGCCUCCUAUGCUGAAGAACAUCAUCUCAUUGACAUGCUAAAAUCGGUAACAGUUAAAGUCAACAGUGGACGAUUCAAAGGCCAAACCGUGUCUCUGUGGGAACUUCUGAAUUCAGAGUAUGUGUGCAUUGAUAAACUUAAAGAACUCCUUCUUCUUUACAAAAACAGCAGUUCUGAAGCUCUACAAGAGAUCAUAAUGACCAUCACCAACAUCAUUGAGGAAACAGAUGCAAGCAGCACAAAAAUAAAAUUUAAAGGCCUUCGAAAACAGGUGUCUGCAGGGGACCUCUUCCAGUCAAAUGUCAUAGACAAGACAACUCUGGACGAGCUUAAUCUAGGAAAGAAAACCAUAAGUGAAGUGACAGAAAUGGACAGUGUGAAACGCUAUCUAGAAGGUACAAACUGUAUUGCAGGAGUUCUCCUACAGUCCACCAACACCAAGAUGAGUAUUUAUGAUGCAAUGCUCAAACGCAUUCUGAGACCUGGAACUGCUUUGGUUCUCUUAGAAGCUCAGGCAGCCACUGGGUUUAUUGUGGAUCCAGUUAAGAAUAGGAAGCUAUCAGUGGAUGAUGCGUUGGCUGAAGGGAUAAUAGGGCAUGAUGUGCAUGCUAAGCUGCUGUCUGCCGAACAAGCUGUAACCGGAUACCGCGACCCAUACACGGAAGACAAAAUUUCCCUCUUUCAAGCCAUGCAGAAAAACCUGAUAGUUGACUGUCAUGCAAUUCGUCUUCUGGAAGCUCAGAUUGCUACAGGAGGUAUUAUUGAUCCAGUGCAUAGUCACAGAGUUCCUGUAGAAGUGGCCUAUAAGCGUGGUUACUUCAAUGAGGAGAUGAAUAGAAUCCUUUCAGAUCCCAGUGACGACACUAAAUGUUUCUUUGACCCGAACACUCAUGAGAACCUGACCUAUCUUCAACUCUUAGAACGAUGCGUCCAAGACCGUGGAACAGGAUUGUAUCUCCUGCAGGUAGUAAAGGAGAGAGCUAACUACUUCUAUAUCACUGACCAAAUGAAAUCAGAUCUAACCUCAAAACACAUCAGAUUGCAGGUUGGAAAAUUUGCCGAUCAGACAGUAACCAUCUGGGAAAUCCUUUCCUCCCAUUAUUUUACAGAGAUGAAAAAGAGAGAGUUGGUUAGAUUUUACACAAUGGGUGUGCUAACCAUAGAGCAACUAAUCUCCAGCAUCACCACGAUCAUUGAGGAGUUUGAAGCCGAAAGUAGCACCUUGAAAUUCCAAGGAAUCAGGGGUGAAGUGAGUGCUACAGAGUUGUACAACUCAGACAUAAUUAACAAAAAGACCAUGGAUGACCUGAAGGAAGGUAGACAAACUGUAGAAAGUGUAUCUCAACAGGAAAAUGUUAAGAGAUAUCUAAAAGGAAGCGGAUGUAUUGCAGGUGUUCUGACCCUACCAAACAAUGAGACCAUCAGUAUUUUUGAGGCUGUGAAAAGAGGUAUUCUAUCUAGAGACAUUGGCUUAACUCUCCUGGAGGCUCAAAUCUCAACAGGGUUUCUUGUAGAUCCCUCAAAGAAUCAAACCCUCUCGCUAUCUCAGGCAUUGUCUGCAGGCCUGGUUAGUGAGGCUGAUCAUCAGCAGCUUGACAUUGCUGAAAAAGCAUUCAGUGGAUUUAGUGAUCCGGAAUCUGGUAGAAAAAUCUCUCUCUUCCAAGCAAUCAAGCAAGGAAUCCUACCCAAAGAGCAGGGAAUUCCCCUUCUGGAAUCCCAACUGGCUACGGGCGGUAUUGUCGAUUUUAUUAACAGUCAUAGACUUCCUUUACAUGUGGCCUACAGAAAGGGUUAUUUAGAUGAAGACCUUUACAUUCUGAUAUCCGAUUCUGUUAAUAGCAGAAAAGGAUUUGUGGACCCCAACACCUAUGAAAGAAUUACAUACAAAAAUUUGCUGGAGCGAUGUGUCAAAGAUCCAAACACCGGAAUGUAUUUAGUACAAGUGGCUGAGAAACGUGAUGACUAUUUCUAUGUUGAUGACCUGACUAAAAACAUUUUGAUGUCAACUAAUGUGAAGAUGGACAAAGGCAAGUUCAAAGGUCAGGAUAUUUCAUUGUGGGAUCUCUUGUGCUCCUCCUACAUUUCUGAAAAAGAACGAAAAGACUUAAUUAAAAACUACAAGUCGAAGACUUCAACUACAAUUAAAGACAUAACUAGCAUAAUUCUAGCGAUCAUCGAAGACCAGGAGAAAGGUCAGAAUGACAUCUGGUUCCAAGGAUUGAGAAAACAGGUCACUGCAGUAGAGCUCUUUGAUGCAGGUAUAAUUAGCAAAGAGACUCUUGAUGGAUUGAAGCAGGAGCCAAAGACGGUGGUCGAUGUAGCAAAAACGGACUCCAUUAGAAGAUAUCUUGAGGGGAACAGUUGCAUUGCAGGCUUAUUUGUCCGAUCAAAACAUGAUUCAACCCAAAUGGAAAAACUGAACAUCUAUCACGCAAUGCAGCGACGCUUAGUGAGACCUGGAACAGCUCUGAUCUUGCUGGAAGCACAGGCUGCUACUGGGUUUUUAAUUGAUUGUGUAAAUAACAGAAAACUUUCAGUUGAAGAUGCUUUACCUGCUGGACUCAUUGGCCAUGAGAUCUAUGAAAAACUUAUACGUGCAGAAAAAGGAGUAACCGGCUACACAGAUCCCCACACAGGUGACAAAAUCUCCUUGUUCCAAGCCAUUCAGAAGGAUCUAAUUGUUAAAGAGCAUGGCAUUCGCUUGCUGGAAGCCCAGAUUGCUACUGGUGGCAUCAUUGACCCAGUGCACAGUCAUCGUAUCCCAGUGGAAGUCGCAUACAAACGAGGUUACUUUAAUGAAGAAAUGAACCAGAUACUUUCAAACCCCACUGACGACACAAAAGGAUUCUUUGAUCCGAACACUCAUGAGAACCUCACCUAUCUGCAACUCCUCCAGAAAUGCACUCAAGACCCAGACACUGAAUUAUAUAUGCUGGAAUUAAAACACAGCAACGUUUCCUUACCCCAAAUCCAAACUACAUUAAAGUCCAAAAUGAUUGAAGUCACUAUUGGAGAAUUUAAAGGAAACCGCAUUUCCAUCUGGGAGCUCCUAAACUCUAAAGACAUUUCAAAAGACAAACGAGAGGAGCUUUUGAAGAAGUAUGAGUCUGGAGUACUGACUAUUGAAGACAUUAUAACUAUAGUCACCAAAAUCUUUACAGGAGAGGUAGAUGGAACCCACGACGAUACAGACUCAUCUAAACGAGAUGUGCCACUUCAGGAGCUCCUCCAGGCAGAAGUAGUGUAUGUCUCCGUGGGGGACUUUAAAGGACAGAGCCGAUCAUUGUGGGAGCUUCUAAAUUCACGUUAUUUCUCAGAAGAUAAACGGAUAGAAAUCCUUCAAAGGCUGAAAAAUGGGACCCUAACCAUUCAGGAAACUACUGCAUAUGUCAUUAAGGUCAUCACUGAAGCAGAGUCUAAAACUGAUAUAUUCCAGCAAAAGGGAAACGAAUUGGAAGCAGAAUCUUCUCCUCUUCAAGAUGAUGAAAUUCAGAGAGCUCUGCAAAGCAUAAGCAUGCAUGUCAAGAAAGGACAGUACGCAGGACAAGAGGUUUCUGUGUGGAAUCUUCUUCACUCCAGAUACAUCCCUGAAGAGAUACAACACGAGUUGUUAGUAGAUUACAGGGUGUCGGUCCAAAACAUCAUGGAGUCAAUUAAAGGGGCUGAUCAAGCUUCAAGUCUCCAAUAUAAUUUGAAAGAAGAAGUUUACAACACUCUGCAGACGGUCAAGACUGUUGUCACUGAAGGCAAGUUUAAGGGGCAGACACGAACACUGUGGGAUCUGCUCCACAGCAACUACUUUUCAAAGAAGAAGAAACAGGAGCUUCUGGAACAGUUUAAUUCUGGGGCGAUAAGUGUUGACAAACUGAUUCAAAUUAUCAUCACAAUUAUUUCCGAAACAGAAGAACGUAGCAAAACAUUGUCAUUUAAGGGCCUCAGAAGACAAAUUUCAGCAAAUGAACUGCUCACAUCAAAAAUCAUUGACCAGAACAUGUUGACAGAGCUGGCUCAAGGAACAAAGACUGUGGAAAUGGUGACUCAAAUGGACAGCGUAAAGAGGUACCUGGAAGGAACAAACUGCAUUGCAGGAGUGCUUGUACCAUCUCUGAAAGAUCCUUCAAAGAAAGACAAGAUGACUAUAUAUAAUGCCAUGAUAAAGAACAUCCUUAGACCAGGGACAGCACUUAUCCUUCUUGAAGCUCAGGCAGCCACUGGGUUUAUCAUUGACCCCAUCAAUAAUAAGAAGCUCUCUGUGGAUGAAGCUGCUGCUGUUGGUAUAAUUGGCUCAGAACUUCAUAAGAAGCUGCUGUCUGCAGAAAGAGCAGUAACUGGUUACACUGACCCAUACACUGGAGACAAAAUCUCCCUUUUCCAAGCCAUGCAGAAGGACCUUAUUGUGAAAGAUCAUGGCAUUCGUCUUCUCGAAGCUCAGAUUGCCACUGGAGGCAUCAUUGACCCAGUGCACAGUCAUCGUGUUCCUGUUGAGGUUGCUUAUAAACGUGGCUACUUCGAUGAAGAGAUGAAUCAGAUCCUUUCUGAUCCCACAGAUGACACUAAAGGAUUCUUCGAUCCAAAUACUCAUGAGAACCUCACCUACCUGCAGCUGGUCAGCCGAUGCAUUCAAGAUCCAGAUACCAGACUCUACAUGCUGGAUAUGAAAGACAAAAAAGCUUUUACAACAGGCAAGACCUGGGAGGCUUCCUUGACAUCAAAAACUCUCCAAGUUAAAACCGGGAAGUAUAAAGACCAGACUGUUUCCAUCUGGGUACUCCUCCAGUCUGAAUAUUUUACGGAAGAAAAGAGGCAAUGGCUACUAAACCAAUACAAGUCGAGAACCAUAAAAAUAGAGGAUCUUAUCACAACUAUUGUAAAGACCAUUGAAGAACAGGAACAGAAAACAAAGGGUCAGGUCGUGAAUGGAUCCAGCACAACUCAACUAGAGCAAGGAGAAAGGCAGAAAGAUGAGCUAAACGCUGAGUUAGUAGAAGAUGCCAAAGACAAGUUCCAGGAGCAAAAGAUCUCAGAGACCAAAGAGAAGAUGGCAAUUUCUGUGGAGACUGACAGCAUCUCGUCUAUCCCAGAUAAAGCAGUAGAGACAUCUACCAAUAAAGACCUCCAUAAAACUUUAAAUAUCUUUAUUGUUCAAGUGAAAACAGAAGGAUUUCAAAGUGGAAGGGUGUCUCUUUGGGAUUUUCUUCAUUCCAAAUACAUAUCAGAAGAACAGAGAAAUACCCAGCUGAACAAAUACCAGAUCUCUUUAGAAAAAGUUAAACAAACCAUUCUAAAAUUAAUUGAAAAUUCAGAAACAAAAAGUGAUAAGAAUAUACAAGAAUUAGAAAGUAAGCUCAUUGUGGUCACUGUCGGAGAAUUCAAAGGACAAAACCUCUCUGUAUGGUUUCUUCUUCACUCUAUAUACAUCUCCGAGGGAGAGAGAAAAAGACUGAUGGAAAAAUACAGUUCAGGGGCAUUAACCUUGGAGGAACUUAUAAAAAACAUCAUAACUAUCAUUGAACAGACUGAAAAAAGUAAAAAUGUGAAGUUUGAGGGCUUCAGGAAAGAGGUGACAGCCGCUGAACUGCUGCAAUCUGAAAUCAUUGAUGAGAAUACUCUGAAUGAGUUGACCCAAGGGAGUAAGACAGUCGAGGAGGUGACUCAGAUGGACAGUGUUAAGAGAUAUCUUGGAGGAACUAGCUGUAUCGCUGGUGUGUUUGUGACCUCAAAGAAAGAUCCUUCACAAAGAGAAAAAAUGACCAUUUAUGACGCUAUGUUGAAGAGGAUACUACGACCUGGAACAGCUUCGGUUCUCCUUGAAGCUCAAGCAGCUACUGGAUAUGUGAUAGAUCCUAUUAAGAACAAGAAGCUUUCUGUAGAAGAAGCUUUAUCUGCAGGACUGAUUGGCCGUGACAUUUAUGAUAAAAUGUUGUCAGCAGAACGAGGAGUUACUGGCUACAAGGAUCCAUAUACUGGUGAGAAAAUCUCAUUAUUCCAAGCAAUGAAAAAGGACCUUAUAGUGAGAGAUCAUGGAAUCCGCCUUCUAGAAGCCCAGAUUGCCACCGGAGGUAUCAUCGACCCAAUACACAGUCAUCGUGUCCCUGUGGAAGUUGCAUACAAACGAGGUUACUUUGAUGAAGAAAUGACCCAGAUCCUUUCAGACCCCAGUGAUGAUACAAAGGGAUUCUUUGAUCCAAAUACUCAUGAGAACCUCACCUACCUGCAGCUCCUCCAGAGGUGUGUGAAGGACCCAAAGACUGGCCUUAACAUGUUGGAGGUCAGGCUGGACAAGCUUCCAUCUACCAAAAUAAGCGUAGAGAGUAUAUUGAAGUCAAAAACUACUACAAUCACAAAAGGUCAGUUUAAAGGAAAGGAUAUAACGAUCUGGGAAAUGUUACAUUCGGAACACAUUUCAGCCGAACAAAGAGAAGAACUGAUUAAAAAGUACAAUUCUGGGGCUUUAUCCAUUAAUGACCUUAUUAGUGUACUCACAAAAAUUAUUCAUGAAAUGGAGGAGACGUCGUCUACAGACACAACCGUUCAGACAUUGCUCCAUUCACCAUCUCUUGACAAGUCUGUGGGCAACAUCAUCACUGAAACUGUGGCUCUGAAUACUCUGACUGUUUCUCAAGAUAUUGCAGCAGAUCAGCCAAAAGAGUAUGACCUACAGGAGGAUGGGAUUCAGAAGGCUCUUCAGAGCAUCAGCAUUCAUCUCCUAAAAGGACAGUAUGCAGGACAGCAGAUAUCUGUGUGGGACCUAAUUCACUCUAGAUACAUUCCAAAGCCCAAAAGGCAAGAACUUAUAGGCAACUAUACGUUAACUGUAGAAGACAUAAUAAAGAUAGUUGCACAGUCUAUUGAAAAGGCAGAGGAAAAAAUCAGCAAGUCGACCUUAACAGCAGAUUACAAACUGAAGGCAGAAACCUAUAAUACUCUGCAGACUGCACAGACUGAAGUAACUCUGGGGGAGUUUAAGGGUCAGAAACAUUCAGUGUGGGAUCUAUUGGAUACCAAAUAUUUUUCUAAAGAAAAGAAAUCAGAGCUGCUUAAAAAGGUUGAUUCUGGAGCAAUUAGCAUUGAUGAACUUAUUAAGAUUGUCACCACCCUUAUAGAGGAGACAGAGCAGCAUAGCAAGAACUUGAAAUUUAAAGGCCUCAGACGACAAGUUACAGCAACGGAGCUGCUUGCAUCAGAAAUCAUUGAUCAUGAUACAUUGACAGAGCUGGCUGAUGGACGAAGGACUGUGGAAGAGGUGACCCAAAUGGACAAUGUAAAGAGGUACCUGGAAGGAACAAGCUGCAUUGCAGGAGUGCUUGUACCGUCCCUGAAAGAUCCUUUGAAGAAGGACAAGAUGACUAUAUAUAAUGCUAUGUUAAAGAACAUCCUUAGACCAGGGACAGCACUAAUCCUUCUUGAAGCUCAGGCAGCCACCGGAUUUAUCAUUGACCCAGUGAAUAAUAAGAAGCUCUCUGUGGACGAAGCUGCUGCUGUUGGUAUAAUUGGCUCAGAACUUCAUAAGAAGCUGCUGUCUGCAGAAAGAGCAGUAACUGGUUACACUGACCCAUACACUGGAGACAAAAUCUCCCUCUUCCAAGCCAUGCAAAAGGACCUUAUUGUGAAAGAUCAUGGCAUCCGCCUCCUUGAGGCUCAGAUUGCCACAGGAGGCAUCAUUGACCCAGUGCACAGUCAUCGUGUUCCUGUUCAGGUUGCUUAUAAACGUGGCUACUUCGAUAAAGAGAUGAAUCAGAUCCUUUCUGAUCCCACAGAUGACACUAAAGGAUUCUUUGAUCCAAAUACUCAUGAGAACCUCACCUACCUGCAGCUGGUCAGCCGAUGCAUUUAUGAUCCAGAUACCGGACUCUACAUGCUGGAUAUGAAAGACAAAAGAGCUUUUCCUAUAGGCAAGACCUGGGAGGCUUCCUUGACAUCAAAAACUCUCCAAGUUAAAACCGGGAAGUAUAAAGACCAGACUGUUUCCAUCUGGGUACUCCUCCAGUCUGAAUAUUUUACGGAAGAAAUGAGGCAACGGCUCCUGAACCAAUACAAAUCAGGAACCAUAACAAUAGAGAAUCUUACCACAACUAUUGUGAAGACCAUUGAAGAAUGGGAACAUAAAAUAACCAGUGUGGUCAUAAAGGAAGCAAGCGCCACUCCACUAGAGCAAGGAGAAAAGCAGAAAGAUCGACUGAAGUCUGAGUUAGUGGAGGUCACCAAAGGAAAGCUCCAGGGACAAAAGGUCUCAGUGUGGGAUCUUCUGCACUCUGACUACAUCGCAGAGUGUAAAAAGGAGGAGAUCCUGCAGAAUUAUUCUUCUGGGGUCUGGAAUCUGAAGGAGGUCAUUAAAAUUAUCACUUUGAUUAUCACAGAGGCUGAGGAGAGCUCCAUUACUAUUGACCACAUAGAAACUGAUGGAAAUGUCUCUGCACCACAGUUAGAUGAGAGUAUAACAAGUAUUAAUUGUGAACUCCACAAAGCUCUGAAUGCAAUUAUUGUCAGCUUCACAAGAGGAGAAUUUAAAGAACAAAAAACAUCUCUUUGGAAAGUCCUCCACUCCAAAUAUGUCUCAGAGGACAAACGGAAGGAACAACUGAGCAGACACCAGGUUACAGUAGAGAAAGUGAAGCAAACUGUUGUACAGUUAAUAGAGGAUUAUGAACAAAAAAGUGUCCAAGAAAUACAAAAAGAAUUGGAAUUAAAAUUCACCGAAGUAAGUAGUGGGGAAUUUAAGGGUCAAAACGUCUCUGUAUGGCUCCUUCUUCAUUCUAAGUAUAUCACAGAAGAAAAGAGGCAAGAACUCCUUAAAAAGUAUAUGUCCGGUGCAUUAGCCAUGGAGGAACUUUUGAAAAUCAUCAUAACAAUUAUUGAAGAAACAGAAAGAAGUCGCAAUCUGAAAUUUAAGGGCUUCAGGAGGCAGGUGACAGCCACUGAGCUGCUGCAAUCUGAAAUCAUUGAUGAGAAUACUCUGAAUGAGUUGACACAAGGCAGUAAGACAAUCGAAGAGGUGACUCAAAUGGACAAUGUUAAGAGAUAUCUUGGAGGAACUAGCUGUAUCGCUGGUGUGUUUAUGACCUCAAAGAAAGAUCCUUCACAAAAAGAAAAAAUGACCAUUUAUGAUGCUAUGUUGAAGAGGAUACUACGACCUGGAACAGCUUUGGUUCUCCUUGAAGCUCAAGCAGCUACUGGAUAUGUGAUAGAUCCUAUUAGGAACAAGAAGCUUUCUGUAGAAGAAUCUUUAUCUGCAGGACUGAUUGGCCGUGACAUUUAUGAUAAAAUGUUAUCAGCAGAACGAGGAGUUACUGGCUACAAGGACCCAUAUACUGGUGAGAAAAUAUCAUUAUUCCAAGCCAUGAAAAAGGACCUUAUAGUGAGAGAUCAUGGAAUCCGCCUUCUAGAAGCCCAGAUUGCCACCGGAGGUAUCAUCGACCCAAUACACAGUCAUCGUGUCCCUGUGGAAGUUGCAUACAAACGAGGUUACUUUGAUGAAGAAAUGACCCAGAUCCUUUCAGACCCCAGUGAUGAUACAAAGGGAUUCUUUGAUCCAAACACUCAUGAGAACCUCACCUACCUGCAGCUCCUCCAGAGGUGUGUGAAGGACCCUGACACCAGUCUGUAUAUGUUAGAUGUGAAGGAUAGCAAGCUUGCUAUACAAAGAGAACAAAAUUUCAAGUAUGUUCUACAGUCUAAAACCAUACACAUUGAUAUGGGGAUGUUUAAAGGAAAAUACGUGUCUGUUUGGGACCUACUACAUUCUAAAUAUAUACCUGAGAGCAGGAGGGAAGAAUUACUAGAGAAGUUCAAGUCAGGAACAUUGACAAUUGAAGAAAUUAUCAACAUAGUCUUAUCUAUGAUCCACAAAUCUGAAAAUGCAUCCUCAAAGACUGAAGUAUCCCAAAAGGAGGAGGAAAAAGUUUCAUCAGCUCCCCUUGAUGUGGAUCAUUGGCCAUCUCAGGAACAACUACAAAAAGCUCUACAAGCAAUUCCAAGUGACUUGUCAGAAAAACCAUCUCAACAAGAGAGUGUUUCAGCCUGGGAUCUUCUAAACAGUAAGGGUGUGCCAAAGGAUAAGAAGAAUGAACUCCUACAGACAUAUAAGCGUUCUGUCAGAGAGGUUAUGAGUACCUGUAGCAGCAUCCUUAAAGAAAAUUCUGGCGAAGCUUCUGAAGUUAUCAAUAUUAAUGAAGAACAGAAAAAAACAUUGCAGUCCACCAUGGUCCAGGUCUCAAUAGGUCAUUUUAAAGGGCAAAUCGUAUCCGCGUGGGAUCUCCUACAUUCCAACUAUUUCACAUCUAAGAAAAGAAAAGAUGUUGUGUUAUCAUAUACAGCAGGAACAUUGACUGUUGAGGAGAUUAUUAAGAUGAUCAUAACUGUCAUAGAGGAGACUGAGGAAAGGACCAGACAUUUGCAAUUCAAAGGACUCAGAAGACAAGUUUCAGCCACAGAGCUGCUGAGUUCUGAAAUUAUUGACCAGAGAACACUAAAUGAACUGACUCAGGGCAGCAAGACCCUUGAGGAGGUGACGAAAAUGGACACUGUAAAGAGAUAUCUGGAAGGCACUGGCUCAAUUGCUGGAGUCUUUGUUCCAUCCAAAAAGGAUCCAUCAAAGAAGGAGAAAAUGAGCAUUUAUCAAGCUAUGUGGAAGCAAUUCUUACGGCCGGGGACUGCGCUUGUGUUGUUAGAAGCUCAAGCAGCAACAGGAUUUAUUAUUGAUCCCAUUAACAAUAAAAAGUUAUCAGUUGAUGAGGCGGUAUCUGCUGGAGUCAUUGGAAAAGAACUUCAUGCCAAACUUCUAUCUGCUGAGCGGGCUGUGACCGGCUACAAUGACCCUUAUACAGGGGGAAAGAUUUCUCUGUUCCAAGCAAUAAAGAAAAAUCUGAUUGUGAAGGAACAUGGUAUCCGUUUGCUGGAAGCACAGAUUGCUACUGGUGGCAUCAUCGAUCCAGUACACAGCCACCGUGUUCCAGUGGAGGUAGCAUACAAACGUGGCUACUUUGACAAAGAAAUGAACCAAAUCCUUUCUGAUCCAUCCGAUGACACAAAAGGAUUCUUUGACCCUAAUACUCAUGCCAAUUUAACCUAUCUGCAGUUACUCCAGACAUGCACCCAAGACCCAGAUACAAAACUUUGCAUGUUGGAAGUCAAAGACUCCAGGUCACCACUUUUCCAGAUUGAUCAGGCAAAGCAAAAGAUCUUGCAGACACAGACUGUGGAGAUCAAGAUUGGACAAUACCAAGGCCAAAAGUUCUCUCUUUGGGAACUUCUUAGCUCUCAUCAACUUGUAGACCUAGAAAAAGAAAGGCAAGGACUGCUGGCGAAAUAUAAAUCGGGAACUAUAACUGUAGAAAAUCUCACAACCAGUCUAAUAUCCUUAAUUGAACAAAUGGAAGCAAAAAGAAAUGUCCAUUCUCUGGAGCAGUCCUCUACCAGCACAUCUGUCCAUGAAAGUGACGCUCAGCAGGCAAACAAGAGAGUUCAGACCCAGAACUUUCUUAAGUCUGUGGACCUCAAUGUGACCGUAGGUCCACUCAAAGGUCACAAAAGUUCCCUAUGGGAAUUACUGAAUUCUUCAUAUAUUACAUCUGAGAAAAAGAAUGAACUUGUCACAGGGUAUGAAAGUGGAAAACUUUCACUUGAAGAUCUAAUGAAAUGUAUCAUCGAAGUCUUUGAGAAAACUGAGACGGUAUCCAGUCACAAUACAGUCGUAGUAUCUGCUGCAAAGACAGAUACGGAGUAUCCAAAGGCAAUCCACAACUCAUUGCAAGCAUUUUCGUCUGAUAAUUAUAAUAAUGAUUUUUCAGGUCAAAAUACUACAUUGUGGGAUGUUCUACACACUAAACCCAUAACCCAGAACACACGCUGGGAACUGCUCAAAAAGUACUACACCACGGUAAAAACAGUCGUUACUACACUAAACGAUCUGGUGCAUAAGAAAGCCCUGGCGGAGAAACAAGACACCUCUUCAAUCCUUAAAUCAACCAAAGUACAGGUCAGCAUUGGCGAAUUCAAAAUGGAAGGCAAAACUCACUCUCUAUGGGACCUUCUUCACUCAAAAUAUAUUAUGGAAGCUAAAAGGAGGGAGCUUCUCGAGAAAUAUGAAUCCAAAUCUAUAACCUGGGAAGAAAUGUUCAAAAUAAUUACCACGAUCAUCCAAGAAACUGAGGAAAAGAGCAGAAAUAUCAAGUUUAGUGGUCUCCGAAAGCAGGUGUCAGCCUCUGAACUGCUGAAAUCUGAAAUUAUCGACCAAGACACACUUCUUGAAUUAGCACAAGGAACCAAAACCUUAGAAGAAGUGACACAAAUGAACACAGUGAAGAGAUAUCUGGAGGGAUCUAAGUGCAUUGCUGGUGUUCUUGUUCCAUCCAAGACUGACCCAACCAAGAAUGAGAAAAUGAGCAUUUAUGAUGCCAUGUUGAGGCGUAUUUUGAGACGAGGGACCGCUCUGGUUUUACUUGAGGCACAAGCAGCCACCGGCUUCAUUAUUGACCCAAUAAAAAACACUAAACUGACCGUAGAUGAAGCAGUAGCAGCUCAUGUGUUUGGGCAAGAGCUUCAUUUAAAACUCCUGUCUGCAGAGAAGGCUGUGACUGGCUACACUGACCCCACCACAAACCAGAAGAUUUCCUUGUUCCAGGCAAUGCAGAAAGACCUCAUCGUCAAGGAUCAUGGUAUUCGUCUGCUGGAAGCUCAGAUUGCCACUGGAGGUAUCAUUGAUCCAGUGCACAGCCAUCGUGUCCCCGUGGAAGUGGCCUAUAAGCGAGGUUACUUUGACAAAGAGAUGAACCAGAUUCUUUCCGAUCCCUCAGAUGACACCAAAGGCUUCUUUGAUCCAAACACUCAUGAAAAUCUAACCUACCUGCAGCUGCUCCAGAGAGCUGUCCAAGACCCUGACACAGGACUGCUUAUGUUGGCGGUGACCCAAAAAUAAAUCAACUUUAACAAGUUUUGCUUUUGAAAACUUAAGAUAAGAGCUAUAUUUCCAGCCAUAAAAUUUGUUGUGCCCAUAACGAAAGAAAAUCGUUCUCCUUGCAUGUGUUUAUGUGGCAUCUCGAACUUUCUCUAAGGGAAAAACUAGUGUGCAGGCUUUAUUGGUUCUUUAUGGCUAUGGGCUAGGCCUCAGCGGGAAUUACUGGCUUGUGCGUUAUGCCUUUUGCUUUUAUACCUGAGGUAAAAAAAAAUUGAAUAAUUUGCUACCUAACAAUAUUCCUCCUUUUCUUGAACGUUUUUCCAGAAGUGAGAUGGCUCCCGUUAAUUGUCCUAACGAGUGUCAUGCUGGCUCAUCAGGCCAGGCCGAGAAUGAUCAACCUCAGCACCUUACAAAUGUGUUCAUUGUGGACAUUGCUCCAGCAGACUCUCGGGUUCCUUUCUGUUUAGUAAUUGGCCAAUUUCAAAUGUAGAAAGAUGAUUCGAUUUCUCCUCCUCCAGUAAUGUUCUCAUAUUGAAAGUAAACAUCAAUAAUGUAAAUGUCCGCUGUGCUUUAUACUGCAUGUCCCUGAAGCAUCAUCUACUUGAAGUAUUAAUAAACUCACACUUUUUCAUUUUC